UAAAAAAAAAAUUCACUGUUUAAACAAGUAUUCUUUCCUUGACGGACAUAGUGUAAUUUUUCAGUUUGUCUGGUACAGUAAGGCUUUGCUGCAGUUUCAGCCCCUGGGAAUCUACAGACACAAACAAUUCAUAUUAAAAAUGCACACACCCAGUCAGUCCCCCUUAGUACUGGUCUGUCGUCGCGCUACAUCUUGAUUGGGCAACAUUAUCCGAUUUUGAAAUUUUUCUGUGCAGUAACUUUUACAGAUUUCCUGUCUGACUUGGUCCUGAACUCUGGCCACAAGCUUAAUUUUCUUCUGAUGAAGACACUUGUCUGGAUGUCUGACACCUCAGAAAAUGCGCAGAGCUACGAGGAGCUGUUCUCUAACAGAUUUUCACUGGAGGACAGUGAAUACCAGCAAUAUCUGAAACGUCCAGCUGAUCCGCCACCAAUUGUUGAGGACUGGCGGGGGCGCGGUGGGGGAAACCAGAGGGGCAGGGACAACAGGUACCAGGACCGCCGAGGCUACAGAGACCGCAGUUGGGGAGAAGACAGGAGAUGGCGAGGGGACCGUCAUGGACAUCACGGGCAUGACAGAGACAAGAACUGGGGGCAUGGCAGUGGAUAUCAGUCUGGGUCCAGAGGCUCCAAUCAGGGAUACAACUCCCAUAAUCGUCCACAUUAUGAUCGCUACUGAUUACUCCAGAUUUCUACUAUUUACGGUCUCAUGACUUGAGCUUCACUUGUUUGUGGUAGGAUUCAGCUGGUUUCUCCUUUUCAUCAGUGAUGCAGUAAGAGCUGCUCUUUAAAUUUCCUGUCCCUUGUUUUUACCUAUAGCAAAUAUGCAUGUAAAGGCAGAACUUUGCAGUGAUUGUGAUGUGAAAUCUGAAUUUCCAAGACAAAUGUAUUCAUGAUACAGCUUUAUUUUUACCAUCAGUGCAUGAACUUGCAGAUUAACUUUUGUUUCUGUUAGAAUAUGUAUUUUUCAAAUAAAAUGACUGCUGACUGUGCAAUCAGAUGCAUAAAGUUUAAUUGCUUAAACCCAUUCACAUAUACCAACCUUACUGUAAUGGGUGUCAACCAUGUUUCCAGUCUUUAAAGAUAUAUUUUUUUUAAUUUAGGUGUUGUAAGUCAAAUCACUAUGUGAAACACACUUGAAUAAUAGAUUCAACCCUAUUUAUGUCAAUUAUGAUUUUUACAUCAAGUCAAUAAAAACACAUCUAAGAUAUUAGAUCAUUUCAAUAAACAUUUUAAUAUUGAAAUCUGGGCUUAAUGAGAAGUAUGUUUUAAUAUCUACUUAAAGGUUGUGGUUUUCAAAUGGUUGUUUUCUUACAAAUGAACCUCUGGGAAAAAACAUAAACUUUUUUUAAGGAUACUUAGCUUAUUUCACAAGAUGCAAAGAAAACCACAUUCUGUGAAUUUUCCAGCAGCUUUCAGAGUCCAGUAUUUUAACCAUCCCAAGGAGUUACUUUUGUAAUCCACUUAAAGAAACACAAUGAGGUAAAAAAGCCAGAAAUGCCUUUCAAUUUUAUGAAGCAGCAGCUAACACUUAAACAAUUUCACUGUUUUAAUCUCUCCUGUGACAAGAUUUCUUUUUCUAAUUUGGGAGCAGAUAAAGAUCAAAUCACUGUCCUACACAGAAAAGAUGUUUUUUUGUUUUAAAUUGUUUUACUUAUGCAGCACUUACAAGACAAUGUCUUUAGCACGUUAAUAGACAUUUAAAAUGCUCAUCUGCAAUCUGCACUUUUAGACCCAACUCAUUUCUUUCACAGAGAUGAUUAUAGCUCAUACACAUCUACUGGUGGUGAACAUUGUAAUUGUGGAAUAUUAACAUAAAUGUUGGUCUAGUUGAAUAAUAUGCCGUCCUGAUUAUAUUUAAAUACUCCUCAGUGCAAAGGUGUCUCAUGAAUAACACAUGCUCACACAUCACUAUUGCUGCUGAAAGGUCGUACUGCUUCUAGAAAUAGAAACUCCUAGUCAUCAGGGACGUAGCAUAGCGUUAGCUACCUGUUUGGUUAAAAAGGUGAAACCAACAUGUGUUGUUAUCAGAGGGUUCUUUUAAAGAAUACUUAUGUUCAUAGAUUAAAAUUCUGCAUUUAUAAAUACACUAAAAUGUUUGCUAACACGCA